AUGGCCCAAUCCAGAGGCACGCUCGGCAAGGUGCUCGUCGUCGGCGGCAACGGCUUCCUGGGCCAUCACAUCGUCGACCAGCUCGUCGAGUCGUGGACCACCACCAGCGUCGUCGCCGUCGACCUGCGCUGCGGGCGCAACCGCAACGCCCACGCUGAGUACCACGAGUGCGACAUCACCGACACCGAGAAGCUGCUCGCCGUCUUCAACGAGAUCAAGCCCGACGUCGUCAUCCACACCGCCUCGCCCGUCGCCAACGACUCCAAGAUCGCCCAUGCCAUCUUCAAGAAGGUCAACAUCGAGGGCACGCAGUCCGUCGUCGAGGCCUGCCAGAAGUCCGGCGUCAAGGCCCUCGUCUACACCAGCUCUGCCAGCGUCAUCAGCGACAACGUCUCCGACCUGCUCAAUGCCGACGAGAGGUGGCCCAUGAUCCGUGGCGCCCAGCAAACCGAGUACUACUCCGAGACCAAGGCUGCUGCUGAAGAGCUCGUCCUCAAGGCCAACCGCGAAGAACCCUCCAAGCUCCUCACUUGCGCCAUUCGCCCCGCGGGCAUCUUCGGCGAGGGUGACGCCCAGCUGCUCCCGGGACUGCUCGGCGCCUACCGUGGCGGCAAGUCCAACGUCCAGGUCGGCGACAACGAGAACCUCUUCGACUUCACCUACGUCGGCAACAUCGCCCACGCCCACCUCCUCGCCGGCCAGCUCCUCCUAGCCACAGCCGCCGCCGCCACCACGCCCCUCGACCACGAGCGAGUGGAUGGCGAGGCCUUCUUCAUCACAAACGACGCCCCCGUCUACUUCUGGGACUUUGCCCGUGCCGUCUGGCGCGCCGCCGGCAACGACAAGGGCACCGAGAAGGUCUGGACCCUCAACCGCUCGCUCGGCAUCUCCUUUGGCUACCUCAGCGAGGUCUUUUCUCACGCCCUCGGCCGCACCCCAACCCUCACCCGCAAGGGCAUAAUCUACAGCUCCAUGACCCGCUACUACAACAUCACCAAGGCCAAGCGAGUCCUGCGCUACAAGCCCUUGUACACCCUGCAGGACGGCGUCACUCGGGGCGUCAACUGGUUCCUCGAGCAGGAAAAGGAGAAGGCUGCCGUCAAGGCUUAA